UGAUUCACACACGUUCGUUCACUUGCGCGCUGGUGCUUCGGACUCGUGCACGGUCGGGCAGCAGAUCAUCGGUACCAGCACGAGAUGUCUCCUUCACACGCGUCCAUAUAGCGGCGAAUUCGGUUUUACAGCCCGGGAAUCGCGAAGAAAGGCGAUUUCGCACCAUCCGGGAGCUUCAUCUGGCGCGAUUGAAGUCAACCCAAGCCCGCUCGCUGUAUCGCUCGGAUCAGCGUCUGGAUUCAUGAGAUUUCGGGCAUUAUAUUGUUGAAUAUCAGCGAUAAUCAUGGCGAGCGACUCUCCCGCGAGGAGUCUGGAUGAGAUCGACCUGUCUGCUCUGCGGGAUCCUGCGGGCAUUUUUGAGCUGGUGGAGCUUGUGGGAAAUGGGACCUACGGACAAGUAUAUAAGGGACGUCAUGUCAAGACGGGUCAGCUCGCUGCUAUCAAGGUCAUGGAUGUCACAGGGGAUGAGGAGGAGGAGAUCAAAGCUGAGAUCAACAUGCUGAAAAAAUACUCCCACCAUCGAAACAUCGCCACCUACUACGGUGCCUUCAUCAAGAAGAACCCACCUGGCAUGGAUGACCAGCUCUGGUUGGUGAUGGAGUUUUGUGGUGCUGGUUCAGUCACAGACCUGAUAAAAAACACCAAAGGGAAUUCACUGAAGGAGGAGUGGACAGCCUACAUCUGCAGAGAGAUCCUCAGGGGUCUGACCCACUUGCAUCAACAUAAGGUCAUCCAUCGGGAUAUCAAAGGGCAGAACGUUUUGCUCACAGAAAAUGCGGAAGUCAAACUGGUUGAUUUCGGUGUGAGUGCACAGUUGGACCGCACCGUCGGAAGGAGGAACACUUUUAUUGGCACGCCAUAUUGGAUGGCUCCGGAGGUCAUAGCCUGUGAUGAGAACCCAGACGCCACAUAUGACUUCAAGAGUGAUCUUUGGUCGCUGGGAAUUACGGCUAUCGAAAUGGCUGAAGGGGCUCCUCCGCUCUGUGAUAUGCAUCCUAUGCGCGCUCUGUUCCUCAUACCCAGAAACCCAGCGCCCCGUCUCAAGUCCAAGAAAUGGUCUAAAAAGUUCCAGUCGUUCAUUGAGAGCUGUUUAGUGAAGAAUCACAAUCAGAGACCCAGUACUGAACAACUCAUCAAACACCCCUUCAUCAAAGACCUGCCGAACGAGAGACAGGUCCGAAUUCAGCUCAAAGACCACAUUGACCGGACCAAAAAGAAGAGAGGAGAGAGGGACGAGACCGAAUAUGAGUACAGUGGCAGUGAAGAGGAGGAAGAGGAGCGAGAUAUAGGAGAGCCAAGCUCUAUCAUAAACAUCCCCGGUGAGUCGACUCUGAGGCGGGACUUCCUGCGUCUGCAGCUGGCCAAUAAGGAGCGCUCUGAAGCCCUGAGGAGACAACAGCUGGAGCAGCAGCAAAAUGAGGAACACAAGCGCCAACUACUGGCUGAGAGGCAGAAGCGCAUUGAGGAGCAGAAGGAGCAAAGGAGGAGACUGGAGGAGCAACAGCGACGGGAGAGAGAGCUCCGCAAACAGCAGGAGAGAGAGCAGAGGAGGCGCUAUGAGGAGAUGGAGCAGCUGCGGAGAGAGGAGGAGCGGAGGCACGCGGAGAGGGAGCAGGAGUAUAUCCGUCGCCAGUUAGAAGAAGAACAAAGGCAGCUGGAGAUUCUUCAACAGCAGCUUCUGCAAGAACAAGCUCUUCUGCUGGAAUAUAAACGCAAGCAGCUAGAGGAGCAGCGUCAGGCCGAGCGGUUGCAGCGGCAGCUCCAGCAGGAAAGGGCUUACCUGGUUUCACUGCAACAGCAGCAGCAGGAGCCACGACCUGCCGACAAAAAACAACUGUAUCACUACAAAGACUCGGUCAACCCAAGUGAUAAGCCGGCUUGGGCCAAAGAGGUGAUGGAGAGAGCUCAGAGUAACUCCCCUCGAAUCCCUCCCAAGAAGCACCAUUCGUUUAACAGUCCAGGAGACAAACGAGUCGGCCAAUUCCUUCCUCAUGACCAGAACCCCUCUAAUCAGCCCAUGAGACCCCCUUCCUAUCCAGCAUCCUCCCAUUCCAGAGAGAUGGAUCUGGCUGAGCCCCAGCUCAGGAUAGUCAGUGGGCCAAACGUUCCUAGAAUCCGUGUGUCUUGUGAACCAGAUCCAUCCCAGCUGGCCAGGAUGGUCCAGCAGCACCUUGAGCAAGAGUCCCGGGGCCACAAUCGCUCCAGCAAAGGGGCUGAAAUUGAGAGAGACUUAUACGUCUCAAAGGUUGAGGAGCGAUCCAAGCUGAACCGCCAGAGCUCUCCAGCUCUCCAGCACAAAGUGGCCAACCGUAUUUCAGAUCCCUCCCUCCCUCCCCGCUCAGAGUCCUUCAGCAGUGGAGGAAUACAGCAGGCCAGAACGCCUCCAAUGCAUCGCUCUGUGGAGCCUCAGAUGGCACAUCUAGUUUCAGUAAAGUCCCAUGGCUCCUCCAUGACAGGAUCCCAGUCUCUGCAUGAUCAGUCGUCUCAGGGCGUCUCUGCUUUCCAGGAGGGUCUGUCGCCUCACAGACCCCCGAUGCCUCGGCAGAACUCUGACCCCACGUCAGAGACCCCGGCUCCACCGCCUCGCAUCACCAGCCGAGAUGACCGUGGCUCCUGGCUGAGGCAGGAGGAGGACGUCCCUCCAAAGGUGCCCCAAAGGACCACUUCCAUAUCCCCUGCACUGGUGAGGAAAAAUUCUCCAGGGAAUGGACCAGGUGGAUUGGGACCAAGAACCGGAGCACAUCUGAUUCGAGCCAGUAACCCAGACCUGCGUAUCCCCGUGGAGCCCUCUCUCCAGAGGACCAGCAGUGGCAGCUCCUCCAGCUCCAGCACACCCAGCUCUCAGGGCGGCUCCAGUGAGAGGAAUCGGCUAGGAGGCUCCAGUAAACCUGAGGGAUCACCAGCAGUGUCCCAAGAACCCAAGGCCAAAACCCAGGAGGAGAACAGGGAGGUGACCAGACCCAGUCGACCCGCGGACCUCACUGCUCUGGCCAAAGAACUGCGUGAACUGCGAACCAAUGAGGAAACCAACAGGCCACCGAGGAAAGUGACAGAGUAUUCCUCUUCCAGUGAGGAUUCAGAGAGCAGUGAGGAGGAGGAUGGAGAGGGUGGAGCUCAUGAUGGCACGGUGCCCGUCAGUGAUAUACCACGUAUCAUGCCUUCUGCUGGCCAGGGUGGUACUGACUCGCUGGGCAACCAGGAGGAUUCUCAUUCCAAUGAUUCAUUCGGCAAAAAUUCACAAGACAGCACCCUGAUGUUGCGUGAGACGUUUGGGGAAAGAAAGCUCGGUCAUGCCGAGAGCAAUGGUUUCCCCGGUAGCUCCAAUCUGCCUGAUCUAGUGCAGCAAAGCCACUCGCCCGCCGAGGGCCCUGGGCGGCAGUCUAGUGCGCUGGACCUGGACACAGUGGCUGAAUUUGGAAUGGGAAAAGCCUCUUUCACUCCUUUUGUGGACCCUCGAGUGUAUCAGACGUCCCCAACAGAAGAUGAUGAGGACAACCCUGCCUCAGCUCUUUUCGCAGAUGAGCUCCUGCGGCAGGAGCAGGAACAGGAACAAGCUCGACUGAACGAAGCUCGGAAGAUUUCUGUUGUUAAUGUCAAUCCCACUAAUAUCCGGCCACACAGCGACACGCCAGAAAUCCGCAAGUACAAGAAGCGCUUCAACUCUGAGAUCCUGUGUGCAGCACUCUGGGGAGUGAACCUCCUGGUAGGAACAGAAAAUGGCCUCAUGUUACUCGAUCGCAGCGGUCAAGGCAAAGUCUACAAUCUGAUCAACCGCAGGCGCUUUCAACAGAUGGACGUUCUGGAGGGUCUUAAUGUCCUGGUCACCAUUUCAGGCAAGAAGAAUAAACUGAGGGUGUAUUAUCUGUCAUGGCUCAGAAACAGGAUACUUCACAAUGAUCCUGAGGUGGAAAAGAAACAAGGAUGGAUCACUGUUGGGGAUCUGGAGGGUUGCGUUCAUUAUAAAGUCGUCAAAUACGAGAGGAUUAAGUUCUUGGUGAUUGCAUUGAAGAACGCAGUGGAGAUUUACGCCUGGGCUCCCAAACCCUACCACAAAUUCAUGGCUUUCAAGUCUUUCACAGACCUUCAGCACAAGCCUCUGCUGGUGGACCUGACGGUGGAGGAGGGUCAGAGGUUGAAGGUCAUCUACGGCUCCAGCGUUGGUUUUCAUGUGAUAGAUGUGGACUCGGGGAAUCCGUAUGACAUCUACAUCCCAUCCCACAUUCAGGGCAGUGUUACCCCUCACGCCAUUGUGGUGCUUCCCAAGACCGACGGCAUGGAGAUGCUUCUGUGUUAUGAAGAUGAGGGAGUCUAUGUGAACACAUACGGCAGAAUCACUAAAGACGUGGUGCUCCAAUGGGGAGAGAUGCCCACCUCUGUUGCCUAUAUCCACUCCAACCAGAUCAUGGGCUGGGGAGAGAAAGCCAUUGAGAUCCGCUCCGUGGAAACGGGACACCUCGACGGAGUUUUCAUGCACAAGCGAGCACAGCGACUGAAGUUCCUGUCUGAGAGAAAUGAUAAAGUGUUCUUUGCCUCGGUUCGAUCAGGAGGCAGCAGCCAAGUUUUCUUCAUGACCUUGAACAGAAACUCCAUGAUGAAUUGGUAAUUCAUCUCCACCCUCCCCUGCAUUGUGUCUGUGGACCUUUUCUACUUUAUUGAAAAGUGUGGAAAAAAAAAGGAAAGACAGAAAAAAUCCAGGUGCGCUGGAUAAUCCAUCAGAUGGCAAAAUAAGACCCAAACUUUUGCUGGAAAGAGUCAAAGAAAAACCCCAAAUGAACAACACAUGGGGGCGUCAGAGGAAAACAACCGGUUUUUAUGGCUCUUUCAUUAACAUACAUGGGGUUCUGAUGUUUUUUUUGUCCUUGCAAAUAUGUAUCUAGAUUCUUCUGAAGGUGAAGACUGGAAAUGAGACAAGUGUGGAAACCAAACGCACAGAGUAGAGUGAAUAUUUGUACUGUUAAGACACUUUUUGACACAGUAAUUUAUCACGGUUGUACUGAACGUCAGUGAACCUCCCUUUGCGGGAUGAAUCCAUCGAGCCUGGUUUGUGUGAUCGACCCUUUUUCUUUUUUAUGUUUCGGCUUGGAAUGCACACGGAUGUUUGUGUCUUGUGGAUAUCGGUCUAACGUGUGAAAUCGAAACUUAGGAUUAAGACUUGCAUUGGAGCAGACACACUUCGGGCUGUCCACAGAAUGCCUUAAAUAUGAAUUCGCAAAGCUGCUCGUUUUAUUUUUUAAGUCCAUUAUAUAUUGACGUUAUGAUGCAUAUUUCUGGAAGGGAGGGAAAAUGCUCAUUAUUUUUGGAACGGAAAUGCCUGCUGAUAUGGACAAAUAAUGGAAAUUAUUCUGAAUAUUCAUACUGUGCAUUCCUAGUUUUAUGCCAAAGCUCUAUAGUAUUCACGUCACAUUUGAAGCCUGUGAAUUGGCAUCAGUUUCCUUGAACGUGGUGCACAUACAAACGUUUCUUCCAUUUAUUUCCAUUGUCAGUUCAUGGAUAUAAUGAAUAUGUGGGAGGGUUUACUAUAUGGUUCAUCCUAAAAUUAAAAAUAUUAUCAUAUAUAAGCCCUCAUGUCUUUUCAAACCUCUUUUACAUUAAAAUAAAUGGUGACCAGAUACUUGUAAGCCUCAAAACACACCAUUAAAAUAGUGCUUAGUUUCUAAAGACAUAUCAGAACAGUUUUUUCCCAGCAACCGAAAUUAAAGUCUUAAUUAACCAAAUCUUUUAAAUAUUCCUAUUUUCACAUGUUUUGCAUGAAAAAGAACAGCCUAUACAUUUUAAUGCAAAAUUAAUCACUAUUUUUACAAUUUCUUCAAUCACACAAAAAAGAGAUAUUUAGCAGAAUGUAAUACAAAAUAAACGUGACUAGAAGCUGCUGAGCUCCAUUAACGAUACCAUAAAGUAUCCCACAUAAAAUGUGUAGCUUCUAAAGCCCUCAGAUGUCUUUUAAUAAGGAAUAGCUUUAAUAAAUCAACGAAAUCUUACUUGACACUUGGCUUUAGAAUAUGCUAUACGGAAAAUAGCAGACAAAAACUGCAUGACAACAAAUUGUCCACAUGAAGUGUGAAACUCAUCCGCAGAGGUGAUUAUUGACCCUUUUAACAUCACAGCGCUAAGAAAUGGUCUGAAUAUUUCAACCGAUCGCUAAAUACUACAGAGCUUUGUAUUGAAACAUAAAAAAGUACACUGAGAUUCUGUUCCGAGUUGCUGCGUACUACGAGUGUGUGUGAAUGAAUGAUCAAAUGUAAUGAUUUCCACCAACAAUACAAAAAAAGGUGUAGAUAUGUUAUCAUUGACAUACCAGCAAUCUCGAAUUGUUUUCAUAUCGGGAGCAGCAGACCUCCACAUGUCAUUAGGAUAUAAGAACGUGCUGCGGUUUUUGUAUUUUUAAGUAUGUUUUCUCAUGACUUUCUGCAAAGUGCAAUAAAGGCCAAGGGAACGCAGCCUGGUGAGUCAGUUGCUCGCCCCUCUCCUCAAGAUUGAUCUAUAAUCUCCAACUCUUUUUAGAGGGACUUUCACUACCGCCCUCUGUAAAUAUCUAUUUACAUUUUUUUUUGGAAACGUAAACUUCUGAAUGCCUCUGAAUCAAAUGCAUAGGAACUGUGAGGGCGUGACAGAAAUGCUGUAUGUGGUUCUAUAAGAUCCAAAUCUUUUUCUCCGUAUGAAUCCGUGAACAAAGGGUAGUGUUUUGUGAGUAGAGCUUCCUUUUAGGCUACCUCGUUUCUGUUCACCUGUUCAGAUCGGUUCAGUUGUUCUGUGUGGGUAAUGAUGCCGUAAAUAAGUGACUCGAUUUUAAGGCAAUAUUCAAGAUCGUAGUUCGAAGAGGCAAGUAUUUAUUCUCUGGGAGGAAUUAUGUCUUUUCGAAAUGCAACAGUAGAUCGGUGAAUUUUCAAGUUUAAUAAAUCAUAAUAGGGUUUUUUUUUUUGCAAUUGGCUAUGAAUAUGUUGUAAUUAACUCAUGUAAAAGAAGGUUCUGUUGUCGUUACAUGUCGAUUCACAGGUGAUUUGAGUGUAGAGUGGCAGAAAAGCUUUUUUUUAAUAAACACAAACAAAAAAAUCAUGGUGCAAUGUCUCGUGCAACAGCCAAAAUAAGCCUACACUUCAUAUUAGGGGGAUUCUUCAAUUAGGGGAACUUGUUUUGUACCCAAAGGUGAUAUUAAAGGGAUUUUAUAAAUAAAAUGUCCAGUUCAUUUAAAUUGUCUCUUUAAUUUAUUCCCUAAUAAUAUAUUCAGUGCUGCUGUCAUUACCGCGUUACAUUUUUAAUAUUAGAAGAAUUACAUUUUUAAAUCCGCGUAAAUUUUGGAAAUAAAUAAUUUUAUUUCUUUAGAUCAGAUUAUUAGGGGUUUAAAUCAGUAAUAUUAAACAAACGACCGAUCAUUUCAAUAUUUUCUUUAAAGUUAAACAGUUAUAAGUAAUUUAAUUAAUGUAAAAUUUGGUCAUUUAUCUGUCAUUUUCAGUAUGCAAAGCAUUAUAAUUUAUUGUUACAAGUUUGUGUCAUAACCGAAAUUUUCAUUUUACAAACAUUUGUAUCUCCAAUAGUCAUGUCAUUACCACAAUACCAAGCAUUUAGGUUUUUAUUUACUUUAUUUAGUGUCAUUUGCGGAGUUUUGAUUCACAAGAAAAUUAACACAGUGAAUGGUCACACUUUUUUUCAGAAAUCUGCUUAAAUUUUGAUAAUAAAUACAAUUUAAUGGCUUUACAUCAGAUUAUUAGGGAUUUCAAUUAGACACAUUCAACAAACGACUGUCACGUUAUUUCAAUAUUUUUUCUUUACAGUUAAACCUUUAUCAUAAGUAUUUUAAUUAAUGUGAAGUUUGGUCAUUUAUCUGUCAUUUUCAGAAUGCAAAAUAUCUCCAAUAGUACUGUCAUUACAAUACAAAGCAUAGAUUUUUUUUAUUUUAUUUUUUUAUAUCACAUUAUUUAGUGUCAUUCCCUGAAUUUUGAUUCACAAAAACAAAUUACACAGCUUUCAUAUUAUUAAAAAUUCUGUCAUGACCACCACACCAAGCAUUAUUAUGUCACUAAAUUUAUGUAGGUUUACAAGAAGUCAUUACCAAAAUUUAAAUUAACAUACAAAUAUUCAACAGACUGUCAUAUCAUUUCAAGAUUUUCUUUAAAGUUAAAUCGUUAUCAUAAGUAUUUUAAUUAAUGUGAAAUUUGGUCAUUUAUCUGUUAUUUUCAGUAUGCAAAGCAUUAUAGUUUAUUGCUACAAGUUUGUGUCAUUACCGAAAUUUAAAUUUUACAAAAAUCUGUUCAAUAGUACUGUCAUUACCACAAUACCAAAAAUGUGAUUUUUAUUAACAUUAUUUAGUGUCCUUUCUGGAAUUUUGAUUCACAAAAAAAAACAGUGAGUGUCACACUUUUAUUUAUUUAUUUUUUUGCGAGUUCUGCUUAAAUUUUGUUUAAAGUCAAACAGUUAUAAAAAUUAUUUUAAUUAAUGUGAAAUUUGGUCAUUUAUUUGUCUUUUUUUUAUAUGCAGAGCAUUAUAAUUUAUUGUAACAAGUUUGUGUCAUUACUGAAAUUUUAAUUUUACAAAAAUCUGUUCAAUAGUAUUGUCAUUACCACAAUACCAAAAAUUAGAUUUUUAUUAACAUUAUUUAGUGUCAUUUCCGGAAUUUUGACUCACAAAAAGCAAAUUACACAGCUUUUACAUUAUAAACAAUUCUGUCAUUACCAAUACACCAAGCAUUAUUAUGCCACUAAAUUUAAUGUAGGAUUACUAGAAGUCAUUACCACAAUUUUAAUUUACAUACAAAUUUUCAACAAGCACACAACUGUCACGUUAAUUCAAAAUCUGUCAUUAACGCCACAGUCACCGGAUUUUAAUUAUUUUAUUGCAAAUCACAUCACAAUUUUGAUGUCAUUACCAGAGAUUUGUUAAAUUAUCAUAAAUGCUGUAACUUUGUUAAUAUUAAAACCGUUUGAAGAACUUUUUUUAACAACAAUUUAAGUACUCAAAAAUGCCUCUAAUUGUAGAAUCGCCCAUUAAUAGACUUGAAGUCCUUCCAAAUGACAUGGCAUUUUAUUUCCACAUGUAUGGAAACAUGACACAACAGUCCUUUAUAGACUUUUGUAUAUUUCAUUACUGUUCUGUAAGGGCAAUAGUGUGAAAUUCACUUGACACUAUUAUCAUUUAAGACUUGUUUUUUUUUUGUCCAUCAAACUGUGAACUGAGUGAAUGUGUGUGCAGGUUUUCUAAUGGGGUCUUCCCAUUCAUUUUAUCAACACAGAUGUAAACUGUGAGGUUGUCGAUUUUAUCAUUCCCUCUCUCAUGCGUGGAAAGUCUUACGAUGUGUGCUUGAGCUCAUUUUCUUUAUAAAUAUGGACUGUAAGUACAUCCUUUAUAUUCAGGCUGAGUGAGCUGUUUUGUUUCUGUAUUUCUUAAUUUUUGCGUAUAAUUAAACAGAUUUAUAGCACAACUGA